CAUCCAAAACAAGAGUUAAUCCUAGAUGAUUACCGGCACCCCAAGGCCUCCAGGGAAUAUAAUCAGCAGGCGUAUUCGGCGGGUAUCCAUUUUCGGGAGUCCAAUUUGCAGACGGAUUUGGAAAGUUAAACAUGGACGAGUCAGACAAUAUCAAAAAAUUAAAAAAUAAAGAAGUUUCAGAAAUGUACAAAAUAUUUGAAGAAAUAUAUUUGAAAGCACCUCCUAUUUUAAAGGAUCUAUCAAACAAUUCUGUAGAAAUUGAUUAUACAGAAUCCAUACAAGAGCAAAUAGAUUUUAAGAAAAUUGAUACAAAAUUUAAAAAUGGAGAAUACUGUUCUAUUACUGAUGCAAUAAAAGAUAUAAGGACAGUAUUUUUAAAUUGCUAUUCAUUUUAUGGUACUAGAAGUGAUCAUACUAGAAAAUCAUUAGAAAUUGAAGAACUAUUAGAAGACAAAAUCAAUGGUCUUGACAAAAAUUAUAAAUCUCUGGCUAAUGUAAAUCUUACAUUCAAUUUACUAAACAUGGAAAUAAAGCCUAAUUCUAAAUUUAGAUACCCAAAAGAUUGUUAUGAUUCAAUAUUAUUAAGGAGUGUAGCACAUUGUCGGCCCGAACGGUUAAAAAAGUAUCAUAAAAUAUUGUCUACCACUCUUACCACUGAUGAAGAUAAUGCACAUAUUUUAGAAAAAAUAUUAAGUUGGGAAAAUGAAGUUUAUUUCAAUGAUAUAUUCCAUCGAUAUAUUAGCUCAAUGUGGGAGCUACCAGAAAUAGGUAAUUUUGUGGCUAUUUUAUUUAAAAAACUUGAUCUUGAUAUUAUUAACCAAGGAGAAAUUGAAAGAAUGUUUUUAAUGCCUAAAGAAUCUACAACUAUGGGUAAAAUCAUGACAACUCUUUUGAUGCCAGUCAAAAAAUCAAAGUUUGUUGGUCAAGUAAUGCCAUAUAAGGUUUGGUCUGAAAAACUUUCAAGAAAAGUAUCCGAUUGGUGCAAAAUAUACCACGCAAAAAAAAAAAAUAAAGUCAUUGUAAUGAAUUUACUAGGUAUCCAUCCAGAUUUUUGGGCUAUUGUGAAUGAAAAAAAUCCUUUAAUUGAAAAAGACUAUUUUGAACUUUCAUAUUUCAUGAAAGUUUGGCUUGUAAAAGGACUUUGUGAUUAUGUUACUAUUAAAUUUAAAACUAUAAAUGAUAUUGUUACAAAUUGUAAUGAAAGACAAUGUACUAUAUGGAAAAACGAUUUAGAAACCGAAGAAUAUUUCUUUUUUGAUUCAAUGCCAGAUUUAAGGAUUUAUUAUUAUAACAUUCCAUAUGAUGAACCAAGUCUUGAAUUUCUCGAAUCAGUAAAAUCUAAUGAAGAAAUAGAAAAAGUUGAAGAUAAUCCUAUGAAUGAUUUUUCCGGGAGUUUUUGUACAAUUCAAAGAGAAAAACAUUUUAAGUUAAUUGCUGAUUCAGUUGAAGGUCUACGGACUUUUCUUUAUGAAUUGGAUAUGGAGGGAACAUCUGUACCUGAAAAUUUGAUAAGUGCUCUAGAGAAUUUUAUUAUGAAAAUUGAAUCAGAAGAAUGUAAUUUCAUUGUCUUGAACAAUGAUUCUAAAAUAAAAUUAUUUAAGGACUGUGAAUCAUAUCCAGAUAGAAUUCAGAAGGGUAAUGAUAAUAUAUCACUUUGGGAAGAAAAAGAUUCAAAGUCAAUAGCCCAAGCUCAAAAUGAAGAAAUUAUUGUUGAGAAACGUCAAAGAAAAUUAAUCGUUCAGCAAAAUGUUGAUAUAAAUGAAUGUUAUGACUCCGAUGAAUAUGUCAGUGAAAGUGAUAAAACCUUAUCUGAUUUUACUGAUUCUGAAGAUGAAUGGGGUGCUAGGAAUCAGCCAAAAAAUAAAGUUAAGCAACCGCUACAGGCUCCUUCUAAACUUCUUGAACUAGAAAAGCGGUUAUGUGAAGAAGGGAAAAUGCCAAACCACAAUAUGAAAAACCUGUUAGAUACUAAUCAGAAUGAUGAAUAUAUUGAACUUAAUAAUAAAACAUUGUUUUGUUCAAAAAAUAAAAAUAAUGUAUCACUUUUAGUAGAGAAAGAUUCAAAUCCAAUAAUAAAAGCUCAAAAUAAAGAAAUAAUUUCGCAGAAACGCACAAGAAAAUUAGUUGCAAGACAACAUUUUGAAACUGAUAAGUAUUAUGAAUCUGAAGAAUAUUUGAGUGAAAAUGAUGUUAAAUCUAUAUCUGAUUUUUCUGAUUCCGAAGACGAAUGGGGUGCUAUAAACCAGCCUAAAAUUAAAGUCAAACGACCACUGCAAACACCUUCUAAACUUGCAGAAUUAGAAAAGCGUUUAAGGGUAGAAGACAAAGUUCCAAAACGCAGUAAAGUGUUUAAUACUAAUAAGAAAGAUAAAUCUAUGAAAUCAAUUAAAUUACUAAACUCUCAAAAUAAAGUAAAACAAAGUAAUAAUACUAAUAAAAUUGUUAAUGAUCUUAAUAAAAGAUUGGUUAAUUCCAAAAACAUAGUUAAUAUUUGUAGUAAUGAAGAAGUUGUAUUGAUUGAUAGUGAUAAAGAAGAAAACGAAAAACCACCUGAUAGUUUAAAACCAGUAGAAAUUAUAAACCUAGAUGAAGACAUGCAAAAUGAUUGUGAAAUUCUUAAUGAUGAUUUAGAAAUAUCAAUCUCUACCUAUACUGAAAAUAAAAAUAGUAAAACCAAUGAACAUGAUAAUUAUAAACAAAUAGAAUCUGCUGUUAUUUCAAUUGAAGAUGAUGAUCAAAUUAUUAUUAGUGACGAUGAAGAUGAUGUUCAAUUUAUUUCAAUGACAGUAACACACAAGAGUUCUCCAAAAAUUAAAAAACCUUGUAAUUUUAAAACUAAUUUAAAUAAAUCAUACGAUUCUGUCUUUACAAACAAGCAAAGGAUGUCUACUAAUUAUAUUAAAACUCAAGCAACGUCAUCUAUCAUACAAAAGCUUUCACAAAACGUUACUAUUAUGCCAGCAAAUGUUCAUGUACCAAAAGGUAUUGAAGUCACUAUGGUAAAAACACCACAAAAAAAAAUAGAUUCUCAUUUUAAUUCAAUCAAAAGAAGGUCAACUAUAUCAAAUGGUCACUUACCAAAUAACCCUUCAUUAAUUAAUGUUAAAUGUGAAGUUAUUUCAAAGCCAGAUUUAAAUGGUGAAGUUAAGUUUUAUGUUAGAUUACCCAAUGGGAAAGAACAUCCUGGCCCUAAUGAGCUUAUUAAUCAAUACCUUAAACAGCACAAUAACCAAUUACCAGACUAUUGGUUGGUACCUUUACCAGUAGAAGUUGCUAAACAAUAUGGUAUUAACUAAAAGAAAAAACAUUUCUUUAUCUAAAUCCUUAUUCUUAUGAUCUCUUAUACAUUUAUUUUAAGGAUUCUCAACAGUAAAAUUAAAAAUGUUUUAAGUUUUUUUUUAUGAUUUUACCAAACUCAAUUUGACAUUGUUAAUUAUUUAUAAUGUAAGUUGAAUAGUAUAUUUUAAUACAAAAAAAAACUGAUUGAACUUUAUAAUUAUGUAUAAAUAUUUGUGAUGUUUGUUAAAAAAAAUGUGUUUAUUACUA